UUGGUCUUGAUGUAUUUUGUCAUGUCAACCAAACAUGGCGGCCGACCUCUUUUGGCCUUUUAUUCUCACGGGAAGGAAUACACGCCACUAUUUAUGAUAAAGCCCACUAUCUGUGCAUAUUUUACGCUGGAUUACAUUUGGUCGUGAUCGAAGCAAAAAGACACGGUAAACGAGUCGAUCCAUACUUCUGCUCAAAGAGGGACAGACUUACAGGCUUUGGAAGGGAACUUUUGAAAGUAUCAAACCAAUGGAGACCUCAAGAUCCGAAUUUUGGCCACUUAUACUUGCCCUGUCCGUUGGCGUACCUUUGGUGUUCGCGGUGUGGGGAUUGAUGGCAUGGAAAAGGGCAAAAAAUGCAAUGAAAGUACUGGAAACUCUACCUGGUCCAAAGAAAAGCUUCUUCUUUGGAAAUGCUAUGCAGUUUAAAAGGGAUGGUAGUGAUUUCAAUGAUCAGUUGUUGCAAUGGUCCAAGGAGUACCAGGAGAAUGGUUACUUUUGCCUUUGGUUUGGUCCCUUUCACACCAUGAUCUUCACUUUUCGUCCUGAUUUUGCAGAGCUAUUAUUAAGCAGCUCUCGCAACAUUACCAAGUCAUUUCUGUAUACUUUUGUUCAUCCAUGGCUAGGAACUGGACUUCUAACAAGCACUGGCGAAAAAUGGAAGAGACGUCGCAGACAAAUAACACCAACAUUCCACUUCAAAAUUCUGAAUGUAUUUAUUCAAGUGUUUGAAGAACAGUCCAAAAUUCUUGUUUCUGUUCUGAAGGAUGAAUGCGAGAAAGGAAAACUGGACAUCUUCCCUAAAAUAACAAGAUGCGCAUUGGACAUUAUUUGUGAGUCAUCGAUGGGUAAGUCAGUCAAUGCUCAGAUCGAGGGAAACUCUCCUUAUGUAAAUGCUGUUUUAAGGAUGAGCGAGGUACUUCUUCAACGUGCAAAGAGUCCUUGGUUAUGGCCUGAUUUCGUUUUUCAUCUGUCAUCCUCUGGACGCAUACACAAACAUUGUCUCAACAUGCUACAUGGCUUUACGAAUAAGGUAAUUGACGAGCGUCUGUUAGAAAGGAAAUCAUCAGCAGGACAAGAGGAAAGGGAAGUGGACGAGUUCACUGGGAAGCGUAAGAAACGUCCAUUGGCUUUCCUCGAUCUGUUACUUGAUGCCUUUGAUGAUGGACAGAUCGAUAGAGAAGGCAUCCGUGAAGAAGUAGACACAUUCAUGUUUGAGGGCCACGACACCACAGCUGCAGCCAUGACAUGGGUCAUCCUUCUGUUGGGUCAACAUCCUGAUGUACAGAAUAAAGCACAGCAAGAAGUUGACGAAUUCUUUGAAUCUCGACCUGAACAGCUUACUGUCGACUCUAUGAAGGAUCUGAAGUAUCUGGAGUGCGUUAUUAAGGAAAGUCUUCGUUUGUAUCCAUCUGUUCCAUUCUUUGGAAGGAAAAUAACCGACGACUUUGUCAUUGACGGAGUCGCAAUCCCGAAAGGAGAAACAGUCGUAGUGGCUCCCAUGGCUUUACAUCAUAACCCAAAUGUCUGGCCAGAUCCUGAGCGAUUCGACCCAGACAGGUUUUUACCUGAAAAUAGCGAAGGUCGUCAUCCAUACGCUUAUGUACCCUUUUCUGCGGGACCUAGAAACUGCAUCGGGCAACGUUUUGCUCUACUUGAAGAAAAGGUCGUGUUGGCCAACAUUCUCCGUCACUUUAACGUAAAGUCCGAGCAAUCACGUGAUCAAAUCAGGGUUUGCGCUGAAUUGAUUACAAGGCCGCAGGAUGGAAUCUUUGUUACUCUAACCCCACGUGACAAUGUCUGACUCUUCAUGCUGUAGACCAACCCCGCUUAUGAUCCUCUCCCGACCCCCACCCUCUCCCUGUUGCAUGGAGUGGCUAGAUUUCGCAUUUUUCGGAUAAGGCUUCUCAGCCAAUCGUUUUGGGUAAUUCCCGUAACCAUGGAAUCCAUUGUAUUCGCCAAGUGACGUCACUGGAUGGAGUACCCCUCUGUGGCCUAGUAGCAUAAUGAAAAUUCGCUAAAAUUUGCCCACCCAAAAAUCAUUACGAAUUAGAAACUCAUAAUAUAUGCCCUUACCUUUACACUAAACACUGACCUAUUCAUGUCAUAUAUAUGUUCAACCAUGCAUGGAAUUUGCCAACAAAUGACCCCGUGCUUCUUCAUUCA